AUGAAUAGUCGACAGAUUGAUGUUCGGCACGAAUUUGGAUCAGUCGAUGUUGAUGUUUCCAUCCGGUUUGAGUCGCCAAGUUAUGUAACCGAUCAUAAAGUUGGCAACGCCUCGUCGUAUUAUCAAAUGUUUAGGCCUUCGAAUGAUUUUGAUUCAUCACAAGAAGAUGAUGCCAAUUUUCAACAUAGAGAUACUUUGCAUUCCCUUGUGCAAUCUUCUUUUCGUGGUAAUCGAGUACUUAACUUACAGGAGAAGUCCAUUGGAUCCGUCUUCCAGCAGCAUCAAAGCUCGACUCGUUCCUUUUCAAGCUUCGACAAAAAUUACGAAAUUAUGAAGCCAGAUAGUUCCCAAGGGAUUACAUCUAUUGUUUUAAACAACGUUGUUUCGCAAAAGCCAAUUUUAAGAAAUCGAACGAGGAUUAGAUGGACUCAGGAUCUUCACAAGAAAUUCAUCGACUGCGUAAAUCGACUGGGGGGUGCCAAAAAGGCAAAACCUAAGGGUAUCCUGAAGCUAAUGAAUUGUGAUGGAUUGACAAUCUUUCAUGUUAAGAGCCAUUUACAGAAGUAUCGUGUUUCUCACUACAUAUCAGAAUCUACUGAAGGGAAAGGUGAGAAAUCGAUACGUGCAUAUUCAACACUACAGCUUGAUGCAGAAACGAGGAUGCUAAUAGUAGAAGCACAAAGGCUACAGAAAGAUUUCCAAAGGCGCCUAUACGAGCAAUUGGAGUGUCAAAGAAACUUGCAGACGCGGAUUGAAGAACAAGCAAAGCAACUUAAGACAAUGUUCGAAUGGAAAGUGAAAACAACAUAA